AUGGGUGUUCCUGGUCUGAAAUUGAAGGCCAUGGGUGUUCAAGGUACUUAUGGCCAAGGGUGUAAAGAAUUGCGUGCCAAUAUUUUAAUCACUCCAUUUCUUCCCAAAUGCUUUCAAGGUCUUGGCGUCUACGAUUUCAUUGUGAUCGGCGCAGGGUCGGGUGGAUCAGUGGUCGCAAGUCGAUUAAGUGAAAACCCGAAUUGGAAAGUUUUAUUGGUUGAAGCUGGAGGAAAUCCACCAAUAGAAUCGGAGAUUCCAAGUAUGUCACUAGCCACCGAGAAAACGAAAAUUGAUUGGCAAUUCCGUACAAGCUCAAAUUCAGUAUGUAAGGCUCAAAAAUAUAUAGGGUGCGGUUGGCCGCAAGGAAAGACACUUGGUGGUACGUCUGCUAUAAAUCUAAUGGUCUAUGUCCGUGGAAAUAAGGCCGAUUUCGAUGGUUGGUCGAAUCAAGGCAUUCCUGGUUGGGACUACGAAAGCGUUUUACCAUACUUCAAAAAAUGGGAACACAAUCACAAUUCUACAUUCGUGAGCUACGAUAAUGGAAAAUAUCACAGCGCCAAUGGCCCAUUGAAUGUUGAUUCCUUCAGCGUGGAUGGAUCGGAAUCAUUUCAACAAAUGUUCUUAGAUGCUGCCGUUGAGUCGGGUAACAAACAUAUUGCUGACAUAAAUUCCGAUGAAGGUUUGGGCUAUGUGAAAGUGCAAGGAUAUUAUUACAAUGGAACUCGACAGAGUGCUGCCAAAGCGUUCUUGAUUCCAGCGAAGGAUCGAAAAAAUCUACAUAUCAUGAAACAUACGUUCGCAGAAAAGAUUCUGAUAAAAAAUAAGCGGGCGUAUGGUGUGAAGUUGGUGUAUAAUGGAAUGGGCGUUCACAAAUUCAAAGCAAUUGCACGAAAAGAGGUGAUUGUUUCAGCUGGAGCAGUGAUGAGCCCUCAUUUAUUGCUUCUAUCUGGAAUUGGGCCAGAAAAGCGAUUGAAAAAGCUGGGCAUUCCGAUUGAAAGCAAUGUAGCGGUUGGAGAAAAUCUUUGGGAUCAUCCAAUCAUAUUUCUUUGGUUUAAAUUCAACCCAACAGCCAUACCAGCUACAGCUCAACUUGAUAGUAUUUAUAAAUAUGUAACUAGUAAGAGCGGUCCAUUGGCUUCAAUUGCAGUAUCACGGUUAUGUGGUUUCAUAAAUUCGGUCAAUGGCACUGGAGUGCCCGACUUUCAAAUCGGUUUCCUUUAUAUUCCAUCAAAUUCAACAUCAGCACUGGAACUCGUCCUAGAAAAGUACAGUUAUACCGAUGAAAUAAAACAAGCUUUACUCAAUGAAAUCAAAAGUCAUGAUCUAGCUAUUGUAAGUCCAAUUCAGCUGCAUCAAAAAUCUCGUGGUGUUAUCAAAUUAUCAAGCGCCUCACCGAAGGAUUAUCCAAUCAUAAAUCCAAGGUACUUCAACGAAGUAGAGGAUAUGGAAGCAAUGUUGCGAGUGGUGAAACUGCAAGUCUCUUAUCUCAAUACGACUGCGUACAAGAACGGGGGUGGCCAAUUUGUUGAUUUGCCGAUUCCAGAAUGUAAUGCGCUUGGUCGUGGCUCAGAUGAUUUCUAUCGAUGUUACAUAAGAUACCUAACUGCUUCCACAUAUCAUGCAGCUGGCACUUGCAAAAUGGGAAAUUUUGCCACGGAUCCGACGGCAGUUGUUGAUCACCAAUUGAACGUUCGAGGGAUUAGCAACUUGAGAGUAGUCGACGCUUCAAUAAUGCCAAACACCGUAUCCGGAAAUAUCAAUGCAGCUACUUUGAUGGUUGGAGAAAAAGGUGCUGAUCUAAUUAAACAGACAUAUGCUUAAUUUCAUACGUAAUUUGCGCUUGGUUGCAUUUGAUUGUUUACGGAUAAUAUUGAGAUGAACAGGAACGGUGACAUUUAGGAAAAUCGGAAUCACAAUAUGUAAUGUAUACAAUCCUAUGCUUUGACGUUUGUCACAAUAUAAGCGCCACCAAGUCUAUGGAAAAUGAACUAUGCAAUACUAUAUGGAAUGAUGAUGUUGAACGUUUGAACGUUUUCCGAGCGUUCAAAUUGAAUACAUUGGACUUAUACGAACAAAAGAAUCAUGGCACAGAUGGCGCUUUAUUUUAUGCAUUCCAUACACAUUGUGAUUCCGGGAAAAUAAAACAAAGAGUUAUCAAGUAUUUAUAUUUUGAGCUCAUUUCAAAUAAACUUUUUAAAUAUUCCAUUUGGUCGUCGUUUUUGUUUUUACUUUUUCAAUAUUUUUGUGUGUCUUCAAAUGUGAACGUUAUUUCUUCUUUUUGUGUUCAAGUGAUACUAGUCGUGGUGUAUUUUCGAGUGAUUAUUUUUACUGCUUAAUUCGUCAUUUCUGAUUUCAUUCAUAAAAUGGGCAAAAAAAUGUCAAUGCCAAUUUGAGCAAAUGCGCUUCAACCAAUCGAAUGAUACGAUCAAAGCAAAUUUUUAUGGCAAAGUCCACUAAAUUGAAGAAGGUCAAUGGAAGGUAUUGCAACGUUAUUUUCAAUGUUGAUAGCAUAAGUUUGGGCGUUUUUCGUCCGAUAAAUAUUUUGUAUGCAGAAAAAAUGUCGAGUAAUGCAAUGAGGAACACCUUUUGUUUACGUUGGCAAGCAUCCAAUUUAUCAUUUGGACACCACCUAUCGUGUUUACAUUCGUCCGAUUGAGUCGUUCCGUUGGAAUUUCGCCACCAAUGGACUCGAAAAAUAAUAUCGAAUUGAGUAUUGUGUUGGUGGCGAUAGGAAUUUCAGCCGUUUGCUUGUGGAGUGAAGAAAUCAGAGUUGCUGAAAGUUAUGUCAAUAAUUAUUCUAUUCGUCUGUCAAGCUACUA